UUUUUUUUUUCUAAAUAUGAUAAAUUCAGUAUUAGUCUAUAAUAAAGAUAAUAAUUUAACAAAAUUAAUAUUAGAUAAAGACCAAUUAAGAAUAGAGACUGUUGAUAAUAAUAGAGAGCAAAUAGUACUAGUAGUUCAAUUUGAAUUUAUCUAUGGUAUUGAUUUUGAUGAGGAGACGUUAAUAAUUCAUUAUGUUUCGUCAGGAAAUAUGAAAAGUGAACCGAUUAGAAAUGAUAAUAAUCAACAACCAAAUGAUAUCCGGCAAUGGGAAUUGAAUACCUUACAAUAUAAUUGUACAAAAGUGAAAGACAACAACAACGACGCAUUAUUAUCCAGUUUUAUAACAUCACUUCGUGAAAGGGCUUUGCCUCAUUAUCGAACCUACUCAAAGACUAAAGUUUUCGUCAUCUUAAAUCCUACAUCUGGUUCACAAAGAGCAGAAACAGAUUUUAUCAAGAGAAUAAAACCUAUGCUACUCCAUGCCGGUUUCUUGGAUACCAAUAUAACAAAGAUCAAUACGAAACGUAAUGGUGAAACACGAGCCUUAGCCAAAGACUUGGGAAAACAACAAAUCAAGCUAGAGUCAACUAUUAUAAUUAGUAUGGGCGGUGAUGGUACUUUACAUGAGGUUGUAAAUGGUCUGGUUGAUGCAAUUACUAUUCCAAAGGAAGGACAACAACAACAACAACGCCAACAGAUCAGACUUGGUGUGAUUCCAGCUGGCUCAGGAAAUGCAUUUGCUCUGGGUAUGGGCAUUCAAAGUAUAGAACAAGCAACUCUAAAGAUUAUUAAACAAGAAAAGGAAUCCCCAUUUUAUAUGAUAGAGGCCAAGAUGGGAUUUGCUAAAGAUUGGCCAGAAAACUGUGUAUACGACAAUACAGAUUCGAUUCGUUUGUUGGUUGUCAUGAGCUGGGGAUUUCAUGCCCAAGUCGUGUCUAAGUCCCGUUAUUUACGCUACUUUAUGGGUAACGCUCGAUUCUCUUGGGUUGCUAUGUAUCUGUUAACAUUCUUAAAACAAUACCAAGGUGAUUUACUGCUAAAAAAUGCAAAGAAAUAUAAUCGAGAGACACAUCAGUUUGAUGGACCCAAAACAACAUGUAUGUUGGACGAUAAACAAUUCACCUACUUUGUUGUGAGCAAGCAAGAUUCAUUAGAAAAAGGAUUUCGAGUUGCACCUUUUGCCUCCCCACUGACUGAAGAAAUGGACAUCAUCAUGUUACGAAAUGAAACUCGGGAUAAAUUAACAAAAGUCAGUUUAGCAGCAUUUCAAAAUGGCCAACAUAUAGAUAUAGAAGGAGUUGAAUAUUUCAAGGCAUCUGAAUUAUUACUACGUGUGAAGGAUAAAGCUGAAUUAUGUUUAGAUGGUGAAAUACAUGAAUUACAAGCAAAUGGUAUAAUUCAUUUACAAGCUGUUAGCUCUUCUACUGAACAAGCACAGUUUACGGUUUUUAUUUAAAUAUAAAUUAUUAUCAUGUUCAUCUGUAGAUCUCUUAAAGAAAACAUUCCAAAAGGAUUUACAUGCUCUAACGAGUGUAU